CAAUCCCUCUGAUGAUCGGCCAUGAAGCUACUGCUUUUGUUGACAAUUAUAGCAGUCAGUUGCUUCUUUGUAGAGGGUUUUAGGCGCAGGACCAAGAACAGCGACUGUUUGGUGAAUCACAAAUACGCACACGAAAGUGUUUGUAGAGGACCCCGUAGAGUUUACUACAGGUUCCAUCGAGUUCUGUUUGAUUGCAUACAGGUGACUACUAGGUGCUACAAGUUCUUUAAGAGAAACGAGUUUGGAACUCUAAAAAAGUGCAGAGAUAGCUGUGCCUAUCAUAUGAAAAUACCUACUGAAGGAACAAUAGCAACCAAAAUUACUGCAACUACUGCUGGAGGAGCAGAAGAAACUAUGGAAGCUGCAACGGAAGCUCCAAACGAAGCUCCUACAACAGAAGCAAUUGCAGAAUGAAGUGCGGUGGAAGCCCAUAAAGUACAUGCCUGAAGUUUCAGAUAAAUACAAAAACAUUAAUUACGGCAGGGGCCAAGUUCUUGGUAAAAUCACAAAGUCAAAGCAUACAAAACAUAUUCAGUCAUUUUGUAGCUAUGUUUCAUAAUUAUUUGGUGUGAACAUAUUUGCUACUAAGGUCAUUCUAAACUAUUUCACAAGAUUGUUUUUCUAAUAACAUUUUUUACAAAGCCUAGAAAAUGUUCAAUAGGUAUUAGUUGCUCUAAAUAAAAUAUUAAACCGGAUUUUUUUUUAUUAAAAAAAAAAUAAUGAAUAAAUACAAAUUUAAUAUAUAACUUUGAUACCUUUAUUUCGCCUGAAAAAUCAAUCUGUUGUUAAAAACUGCUAGCUAGAAUGGUACGAGUAUUAAAAAUUAAAAAAAAAU